AGCAAAGUACAGUUAUUUCUUUAUCUUUUCCUCAAAGGAAAUAUUUCAAGAGUUCAUUUGCACUAGUCGUUAAACUCAGAAAAAGAAUCUUUCUUGAAGUUAAGUUCCAUGGCUUCUUCCACAUGUACUUCUCAAGUUAAAUAUGAUGUUUUCCUUAGUUUUAGGGGAAAGGACACCCGCAACAACUUUAUCAGCCAUUUCCAUGCAGCUUUAUGCCGGAAGGGUAUCAAUGUUUUCAUUGAUGACAAACUCAAAAGAGGAGAUCAAAUUUUAUCUCUAAUGGAAGUAAUUCAAGGAUCGAAGAUUUCAAUUAUCAUUUUUUCAGAACUUUAUGCUUCUUCCAGAUGGUGUCUCCAAGAACUUGCAAAGAUCAUCGAAUGCAAGAAUGAAUACGGUCAGAUUGUCAUACCAGUAUUUUAUCAUGUAGAUCCAUCAGAUGUAAGGCAUCAGACUGGGAAUUUCGGGGAGGCUUUCACUAACCAUGAAGAACACUUUAAUGAUAAGGUGCAUAUAUGGAGGACUGCACUCAAGGAAGCUGCCGAUCUAUCUGGUUGGCAUUUAGAUAGAACCAAGUCUGAAUCAAUAUAAUGGAGAAAAUUGUCCAAGAUAUUUUGAAGAGAUUGAGCGGUAUGUUCACAGAUGAUUACAAGGACUUGGUUGGAGUAGAAUCAAUGAUAAAAAAAAUUGAAUUUUCACUUUGGAGGG